AUGAGCUAUGGGGAUGAGCUGACUCCCGAAGCUCUGAGCGUGCCCAGCGGCUUUGAUGACCUGAUCACCUCCACCACUUCCCAGGUGCUGCAGGCCAUGUCUAAUGCCGCUUCUGCCGUGGGCCAUGCUGGCAAUGGCAAGCUCUCCAUGACAGAUAAGCUGCCAGGCCAAGCACCCAAUACGGGUGACCUGGCUGACACAUCGGGUCCCAUCAGUUCGGAAGUAGUGUCCCAGGACGAGAGCGUGCAGUUCUGGCUAGUGAUAGGGUACACCAUAGUGGUCUUUGCUGCCAUCAUAGGCAACUGGGUCUUAAACCACGUAAUUAUGAAGUACAAGAGGGUGCACACGGCAACUGGCCUCUUUGUCGUCAACAUUUCUGUGACCAACAUGAUGCUGGCUCUUCUCAGCUCUCCCUUCACUAUGGUGCGCUAUCUGUGUAAUUCCUUGGUGUUUGGGAAGAUGACAUGUCACCUCAGUCGCUUUGCCCAGUACUCUUGUGCCUAUGUUACUGUGAUGACCAUGGCUGCUAUUUCUCUGGAUCGACACCGGGUUAUGCUUUACCCUCUGAAGUCCCGGAUUACUCCCAUGCAAGGCAAUGUUUGCAUCAUUGUCAUCUGGAUUGUGAGCACCUGUGCUGCUUUGCCACAUGCUGUUUACCAGAAGCUUUACCAAGUGGAAUUUGGAAACAUAACUGAGGAAACUGCCUGCCUUCCCAGUUUCCCAUACACUUCAGAAUCCACAUGGAAGUACCUUGACCUGGGCACCUUUUUGAUUUUCUUCAUUUUGCCAUUGCUGGUGCUGGUGGUUGUGUAUGGUCAUGUGGCCAAGAAGCUGUGGAUCCAUAAUGCUGUUGAUGAUAUCAAUAUUCACACCUACAUCUGCCAGCGAGGAAAGAAGAAGCAGACCCUGAAGAUGCUGAUGACGGUGGUGCUUGUCUACACCAUCAGUUGGCUCCCACUCAACCUCUACCUGGUGCUGCUGUCUAGUGAAUCCAUCUCAAGCAAUAAUGGUCUCUACUUUUUUCUCCACUGGCUAGCAAUUAGCAGCUCCUGCUACAACCCCUACAUCUACUGCUGGCUCAGUGAUAGCUUCCGGAUUGAAGUUCAGAAGGUCAUCAUGGAAAUCCAGAAGAUGAUCCUAGAUGGAAUCAGCCGCCUGAGGGGAGAGCACCGCCGACUGAGCUCUGUCUCACCCACCCAACGUCCUGCCUGGGUGGACCCCAAUCCUGGAGUGCCCAAGUUCCCACGAUUCAAAGAUUUUGAUGAGAUACCCAGCCCCCCUCCUUCCCCACGGGUGGAAAUCUCUUUCCUCUACCCAUCAGUGCCUAGAGUUUAAGCUGCCCAGACCGCGAUAGGUUAUC